CAUAAGCUGUGCGACAACAACAACCGCGGCUUUAAGACAAAAGUUAAUAUUUAUAGCCGUCAAAUACUAAACAAUGUCCAAUAUGAAGACUAUUACGAAUGCCGCACGAGCAGUACAAAAGAGACCUUUCAGGGUUUCUAUCGAAGGCAACAUCGGCUCUGGGAAGUCAACGUGCAUCAAGUUCUUCGAUAAAUACCCCAACGUUGAGAAACAUGGUGAACCUCUAGAUGAUUGGCGUAACGUCAGAGGUCACAACCUCCUUGGUCUGCUCUACAGUGACAUGAACAAGUGGAGCUUUGCAUUCCAACACUAUGUGCAUCUGAGCCGUCUAAAAAUACAAACCAGUCAGCCUUGUAAUGCCAAUAUUACUGUUAAAAUGUUUGAAAGAUCAGUGCAAAACAGCAGACAUUGUUUUGUGGAGAAUGCCAAGAAGCAAAACUUCUUGGAGGACCCUGAGUACCAGACACUGUCAGCUUGGUUUGAGUACUCUGAGAAACAUCUUGAUAUCAAUUUAGAUCUGAUAGUUUAUCUAAGAACAACCCCUGAGACAGUUUUUGAAAGGAUGAUGAAACGAGGUAGAGCUGAGGAAUCUGAAGUGCCUCUAGAUUAUUUGAAGCAGGUCCAUGAAUCAUAUGAAAACUGGCUGAAUUCUCCAGAUGUAGGGUGUGAAGUGCUGACAAUCGAUGCAGACAGAAGUCUUGCCUGCGUAAAAGAGGAUCUCGAAAGAUACUCCUACAAGAUACUUGGUGGUAAUCACACCAAUUAAGUUAUUUACUUUAGGUUCCUAAUUUUUAUGUAGUAUUAUUUUAUUACUUAUGCGGGUCUUAAGAUACUGAUAAUUUUAGUCAUAAUGUACAAAGAAUUAAUUUAAAUCAUUUUCAUAUUUUUUUCAUAAUCAAAGUUAUCAUUUAUGAUAACUAUGUAUUACAUAUUUUUCUACAAAUAGUGACUUGAAUAUUUUUUCAUUAAUAUUAUUUAACUUGUAAUGGACUUCAAUUUGCAAUUGAUUUAAUAGUUAUUUAUUUACACAACAAGGUUGAAUUUUGUUUGCAACCUUAAUUACUCAUAGAUUACAGUAUUAAUAAUAGAUUUUUUUAUUCUUUGCCAAAGCUGGCUUUUGCAAUAAUCUUGUUAAUUACUUAUCUAUAGGUACAAAUGACUGAUAUAAUAAGGUUUUUUUUUAUUUAAGUUCUUAUUUUAAAUUUAGAUCAAAUGUGUGACUUAUUUUCUCGAAAUAAAACAAUGAUUAAC